GCGCUAUGGAGCAAGCGGUGGUUCCGGCCGCCUCCGCCCGUGCCGUGGUGCCGGCCGCGGGCAGGGGCGACGGCGCCGGCGUAACCCCGCCGGCCUCCAGGCCCCCGAAGACGAUCCUGGAUGAGGAGACCUACAUCGAGCGUCUGGAGAAGAUCAUUCAGCGAGACUUCUUCCCUGAUGUGGCGAUGUUGCGAGCACAGAAGGAGUAUCUGGAGGCGGAAGAAAACGGCGACUUGGAGAAAAUGAGGCAAAUCGCGAUCAAAUUUGGCUCCUCCUUGAGCAAAUCAUCGGGGGACACACCUGUACCCUAUGUUACUCCAGCCACAUUUGAAACCCCAGAAGUGCAUCCAGGUGGCCUUCCACUGGAGGAUAAAUCCAAAGCUGGUGUCAAAGCUGCAGAGGAAGGAGAAGCAGAGAAAGAUGAUAAAGAGGCGCUUCCCAAUCUGGACAGCUUCCUAGCAAAACACACAAGUGAAGAUAAUGCUUCGUUUGAGCAGAUCAUGGAAGUGGCCAAAGAGAAGGAGAAAGUCAAGCAUGCUUGGCUGUACAGUGCAGAAGAGGAGUAUGCCCAGCGGCGCAAUGAGAACCUGGCCCUUCCUUCAGCAGAGCAGCAAGCUCUGGAGAGUGUGAAAGCCGGACUGGAGACCUGGGAAUACACAGCUCGAAACACCCUCAUGUAUUAUCCAACAGGUGUACCUGAUGGGGAUGAAGUAUUUAAGAAGCCCAGGGAAGUUGUCCAUCAAAACACCCGUUUUGUGAAGGACCCUUUUAGCCAAGCCGUGAGCAAAUCACAGCUCCAACAAGCUGCAGCCCUCAACGCUCAGUACAAACAGGGCAAAGUGGGACCAGAUGGGAAAGAACUGAUACCCCAAGAGUCUCCAAAAGUGAAUGGAUAUGGAUUUGUGGCUACCCCCUCUCCUGCCCCUGGUGUGAAUGAGUCUCCUUUUAUGACAUGGGGUGAAAUUGAAAGCACCCCUUUGCGCUUAGAAGGGUCGGAAACGCCGUAUGUGGACAGAACGCCUGGACCAGCCUUCAAGAUCCUGGAGCCUGGGCGCCGUGAGAGGCUGGGGCUCAAGAUGGCCAAUGAAGUGGCAGCUAAAAAACGAGCAAAGAAGCUGGAGGCACUUCGAAAAGCGACAGAAAACUUGGCCAGCUUCACUCCAAAAGGACUAAGCCCAGCAAUGUCACCAGCUUUGCAGAGACUAGUAAACAGGACUGCAAGUAAAUAUACUGACAAAGCACUGCGAGCCAGCUAUACUCCUUCUCCAGCCCACACUGGAACGCCUGGUUACAAGACCCCAGCAAGUGGGCCUCAUACACCCACAAGUACCCCACAGUCUAGGACAGUAUCUCAGACGCCAGUAUCUCAGGAUACUACAUCAAUCACAGACAAUUUACUGCAGCUUCCUAAAAGAAGGAAGGCAUCUGAUUUCAUCUGAAUAUUCCAGUCACCAGCAAGGCAACAGUGAACUGGCCUCACUCAGCUGUCUGCAAAUGGGAUGUUGUGAGCCAUCGGUGUAAGGGGCGUCUAGAUACAGCUGCCAGAAUGGAAGCCAGUGGUUAGAAGAUCUGGGACCAGCGCUACUCUAGACUAUAUAGAUAAAAUAGCCUGCAAUGUGCUUUUAGGAAGCAGGGUAUCUCUUGCUGUUGUAUAAAUUCCCUUUGUACUGCAUGGGUGGGAUGCACAGGGCUGUGGUAGAAAAAGAAUGCUUCCUGCAAUGGCAGAGAAGAUUCUGGACUCUUGGAAAAGAGUGAUAAUUGUUUAAAGAUAUGUUUCUUUUUUUAAGAUGGCCAUGCAUUUAAGUACAUUUCUGUACAGAUAUGUCUAUUUAUAAAAUGUGGUAAGCCUUCCUAAAAGGUUGAACUGGA